AGCGAGGUAAACAUGGCCUCGAUAUCUAAGUGUUAAUCAGCUGAACAAAAAUUGUAAGUCGUCCUAAACCCUUCUCUUUUCCUCUUCCCGACUUUUUUCAGUAGAAUCCACGAUCACCCGAGUCUCUCCACCAUGGCGGAAGAAUUCCUUCCGGCGGCGGAGCUCACGGCAAGCGGCCGCCCCGUGUUAAAAUCUGGAGAGGUGGAGUGCUCCCUCCUAUCCGCCGUUGACCUUCUAUCAGAGGACAAUCCCACCUUCCCCCACUUCAAAUCCGGCCUUCUCAUCCUCACAACUCACCGCCUCCUCUGGCUCCCACCGGAAACCACCACUCGAACAGAAACUUCUGCUUUUGUCCCUCUGUCAGCAGUCCAACACAUUUUCUCCCCCAUGAAAUCCAUCAAAUCCAUGUUUCACAGUCCCAGGAUAAGGUUCCAGGUUUCUGCAACCCCCGAGGGGAGGGUCGCUGUGAGUGGCGGACCAAAGUCUGUGGUGAUCACGUUGAUAGUUAGAGGGAAAACUGACCCAGAUUCGUUUUUGGGUAAAUUUUGGGACGCAUGGAGAGGAAGGGCCUGGGAGGCAAGCGGGUCGGAGUCAGGCUCGCGUUCGGAGGAUGGUGCUGGAUCAACUUCCGGGUCGUUAGCAUUGCGAGCACCGGUGGUGGGGGUGGCGGGUAUAUUGAGGAAGGAGCAGGAAAUGUGGGAGAGUACUGACAAGAGCUUGCAGGAUGCUUUUCAGGAUUUGAAUGCUCUCAUGAGCAAGGCAAAGGAGAUGGUGAUGCUAGCUGAGAAGAUGAGAUUAAAGCUGCUUUCAGGCUCAAAUAAUCAAACUAGUGGGGCGAAUGAUGAUGAGAUGGGUACUAAGGAAGAAAUGCAAGAUUGGUUGUUGAGUGUUGGUAUUGUAUCCCCUGUUACAAAGGAGUCUGCCGGUGCUUUGUAUCAUCAACAGCUAUCUCGUCAGUUGGCAGAUUUUGUGAAGAUACCUUUAGAGAGAGCUGGAGGAAUGAUUAACCUGAUAGAUAUUUAUUGCCUUUUCAAUCGAGCCCGAGGCACAGAAUUGAUCUCACCUGAUGAUUUACUCCAAGCAUGUUCUCUCUGGGAAAAGUUUGAUGUCUCUGUUAUGCUUCGGAAAUUUGAUAGUGGUGUCAUGGUGAUCCAGAGUAAAACCCAUAGCGAUGAAGAGGUAUUUGCUAGAAUUAAGUCUUUGAUGAUGAAACCGGAGGCCUUACAAAAUGGAAUCAGUGCCAGUGAUGCAGCAAUGACUCUGGGGGUUGCUCCAGCUAUGGCUAAGGAAUAUCUCCUUGCAGCUGAAGGAAAAGGAUUGCUUUGUAGAGAUGUCAGUCCUGAUGGCUUUCGCUUUUACAUCAAUUUGUUUCUAGAACUCAAUUCAGACGAUAUAUACUUUGUGAAGGAUCACAGUAGAUAUAGCACAUGGAUAGGGGCUGUCUCAACCAGGUGAACAUUCAUUGUAAGCAAGAGAGUCCUCUUACUGGCAAAGCACGUGCUUGAGGCCAUGGUAUAUGACAAAGGAACUUAUGGUAUUGUGCUGGUGGUGCUAUUUAGUUCAUGAUAAAUGUAAAUGGAAGUAUACGAGACGAUGUGAACACAGAAGGGGAAGUUUCAUUCCAUUGCGUCUACGUGGGAGCAGAAGGGGCAAUCUCAGGGUGCAAUGACAAGUACUUUGGGAGGGUGGAUACGCAACCCCCAACAUGCGCCCGCAUUUAUCUAUGUUGCAACUGGUAAUUUCUCCUGUCGAACAUUAACAAAAAGCAAAAAAUAGAGCUGUCUUUUAUGCCAAGAAAAAAUGUUUGGAGCUUUCACAUGGAUUAUGUAAGAUUUUGCAACCUGAUGUUUGCAAGUGGUCUGCUUCUGUGCGAACUCCAAUUUUGUUAUGGUUUUUGUUAUAUUCCAAUGAUUGUUUUUCCA